UGUAUGGGCAUGGUUAAAAUCGUGGCUGCCAUUUUUCAUUCUUGUGACUGUAGCUGUGAUCAUGUACUUGAUUGGACACUACAUCUCAUGAACUAACCAAACAUUAAUUUAUUUUUCUUCAAAGUCAUUGUGAAUAUCUUUAUGUAAAUAUGUUUUCCAUUAAAACAUUUCAUAUAGUAUAUUUAUUUAUUUCUAACCAUUUCUUUUAAUCAGUACAGUGUUAAAGCUUUAAUAAGCUACAAUAGAGAGCACCCAGAUUACAACAGACUUUCUUUAGCUGCAUUUUUAUUAAAGCAAAUGUUACAUUAAAAUAUAUAUUUGUUGUUUCAAUUAAAAGUAAAAACAUGUAAAACUUAUCUUCCAACACAUUAAUAUUAACAUAUAAGCAAUGCAUUUGUGGUAAUGAGUUAAAGAGUUUUGAUUUAAAGACUGCAUCUUGGAAACUAUGUACACAAAACGUGCCAAAAACAGUUUACAAGCUCAUUUAAUGUUUGCACAAUGGUCUCAAUUUUAUACAUCAUUACCCCAAAUCCCUACACCCAGCUUCAUGCAAAACACUUUUCUCUACCUGAAAAUCAUAUGAAAAUCUUUCAUUGGUAAUACUUUCGCUUAUGUAUGUGAUGAAUUGACUUGCUCUUAUGUGGUGGGCAGUUGCUGAAUCUAUACCUUCGAAGGUGUCUGUAGAUGUCAAUUUGAAGGGUACUCCGCUCAGGAAUCCAAGAGCUGUUGUUACUUCGUGAGUUGAAGCACUGGAUGAGUGUGUUGUAUGGCUUUCGGGAUUAGUUUGAGAUUUCGGAGCUAGAGCAUAGGGUAAUUGAGGAUACAUUCCACUGCCAUCGCCGCGACUUAGCAAGGUCUGGUCCGCUUCCAAAACCACGAACUCAUCGCCACUAGUAUUUGCCUUAUCUUCAUGAUGAGGUGUCGGAUCUGGUUCAGACUUCUUUUUACUUCCAAAAAGCCAAUCUAGAGGCAUCCUUCAACGUCGUUGAUCCACGAAAAUCAGGAGUAAAAUACAGCAACUAAAACACAACACAACAAAACUGACACUAAUGUUAAACGAAGCGCGCAAAACGUUUACUUUCAAACGAAAUUAUCACAGCAACAGGUAAAUUUAACACUUGUUGUAACCUUCUGUUCUUCAAUUAGGCCUACACACGUAAAAUCAUUUUUUUCCCCGAGACAAGUGGUUGUCUUCUCUACAAGUGCUGCCAUCUGCAUGCCAUGAAAUGUUUCUCUGUGCAAAACAGUGCAUUACUAUCGAAAAGUAUUGUUGUAAACACGUGUCCUCUCACGCUCUCCGUGAACUUUCAAUUCUGAAUAUCGGCAAACGUCAAUAUGUUCGCUAAUUCUGUGUACAAAUAUGUACUUGGUGAAAUUUCUUGUACCCAAAAUUACAUACUUAGAAGAGUUCAUGAAUAUUGAUAUGUUCAUUAAACGAUUACUAGUAACCUUAUUUAUUUAAUUAUGUAUUUUGAACAUAUUGGCAUUAAGUGGUAUUUCUACACGAUCAACACACUGUCUCAAUAUUGUUCAUGUACUACUCGCGAGCAUUUUACAUUCUUUCACACUCACUCUGCCACUGCCCACUAGAGAGUAUAUUGCUGCCCACACCAUAAUACUCUCUACUAGAGAGUCUCUAGCCCACAUAACGAAACUAUGACAACUUGACUGUCAAGUUGACAUUGUCAGGACUGUAUUAC